AUGAAGUUCGGAGCUAGCAUUGCAUUCUUGGCUGCCAGCCUCUUGAGUGCCGUCCAUGGUGAUGCUGUGCCAUGGGAGCGCAUCGACAAGAACAACUCGCUCUUGCUCAUCCUCGAUCUCCAGGUCGGCCUCUACCAGCUUGCUCGUGACUGGGAUGCUACUCUUUACAAGGAGAACAUCAUGGCUCACGCCGAGCUUGGCAAGCUGUUCGACCUGCCUGUGAUCUUGACGACUUCUGCUGAUACCGGCCCCAACGGUCCUCUUCCCAAGGAGAUGCUCGAGAUGUACCCUGACGCUCCUCUCAUCCGCCGCCAGGGUGAGGUCAACGCCUGGGACAACCCCGAGUUCCGCGCCGCAGUCAAAGCCUCUGGGAAGAAGCAGAUCAUCGUUGCCGGCAUUGUCACCGACGUCUGCACUGCUUUCCUCGCCCUGUCUCUCCGCGCCGAAGGCUACUCUGUCUUCGCCAACAUCGAGGGAUCUGGCACCACUACUCAACUCAUCCGCGACACCGCCAACUCCCGCAUGGAGCGAGCUGGUGUCCAACUUGUCAGCCUCUUCUCUAUCGUCUGCGAUCUCAUGCGCGAUUGGCGUGCGACUCCUGGUGCUGGUGAGGUUCUUCCGUUCCUUGACAAGUACCUACCCGUCUAUGGUAUGCUUGCUAGGGGCCAUGCUGCGGCCAUCGAGAACGGUACUGUCAUUCCUGGUGAGGCUGGUUUGAUCACCGGCCAGAACGGCACUGUUGUUAUCUAA